CCCUGCAAGCGAGCGGUCUCUUUCUGUUUACGGAGAGAAAGGGGAAAUGGAAAAGGCGGGGAGGUGGCGGCUGGCGUCCGCUGCGCCGCCCCUGGGCCGGCUCAGACGCCGUGAGUCAGGGGCCGGCGAGGACGGCCUGGGCGCGCGGGUGGCCUGCAGCGCACUUGUCCGCUCAGGUCCGGACGACGCGCCACGCCUGGGGGCCAGUCGCCCUGGCUCCAGCUCCGGCCGCUGGACUUCGGUGCGGCGGUGUGCCUGGCUCCCGAAGAUCCGCCACCAGCUGCACACCGAGCCAUCGGGAGGGACGCGGCUGGAGCGCUGGGCCGACGGCAGCGCGCAGAGGCCACAGACUCUCCAGAAAGCACCACAGUGAUGGAGUACAUGAGCACUGGAAGUGAUAAUAAAGAAGAAAUUGAUUUACUAAUUAAACAUCUAAACGUGUCGGAUGUAAUAGACAUCAUGGAAAAUCUCUACGCGAGUGAAGAGCCGGCAGUGUACGAACCUAGCCUAAUGACCUUGUGUCCUGACAGUAAUCAAAAUGAGGAGCGUUCUGAGUCUCUGCUGCUUAGUGGCCAAGAGGUGCCUUGGUUGUCAUCUGUCAGAUAUGGGACCGUGGAGGAUUUGCUUGCUUUUGCAAACCAUAUAUCCAACACUGCAAAGCAUAUUUAUGGACACCGACCACAAGAAUCUGGGAUUUUAUUAAAUAUGGUGAUCACUCCUCAGAAUGGACGCUACCAAAUAGACUCUGAUGUUCUCCUUAUCCCUUGGAAGCUGACUUACAGGAACAUUGGCUCUGAUUUCAUUCCUCGUGGGGCCUUUGGAAAAGUGUACUUAGCACAAGACAUAAAGACUAAGAAAAGAAUGGCCUGUAAACUGAUCCCUGUAGAUCAAUUUAAGCCAUCUGAUGUGGAAAUCCAGGCUUGCUUCCGGCACGAGAACAUUGCUGAGUUAUAUGGAGCUGUCCUGUGGGGUGACACUGUCCAUCUCUUUAUGGAAGCGGGUGAGGGAGGGUCUGUCCUGGAGAAGUUGGAGAGUUGUGGCCCUAUGAGAGAAUUUGAAAUUAUUUGGGUGACAAAGCACGUUCUCAAGGGACUUGAUUUUCUACACUCCAAGAGAGUGAUUCACCACGAUAUUAAACCCAGUAACAUUGUUUUCAUGUCAACAAAAGCUGUUUUGGUGGAUUUUGGCCUAAGUGUUCAAAUGACUGAAGAUAUCUAUUUUCCUAAGGACCUCCGAGGAACAGAGAUUUACAUGAGCCCAGAGGUGAUCUUGUGCAGGGGCCAUUCCACAAAAGCAGACAUCUACAGCCUGGGGGCCACGCUUAUCCACAUGCAGACAGGCACCCCACCUUGGGUGAAGCGCUACCCCCGCUCAGCCUACCCCUCCUACCUGUACAUAAUCCACAAGCAAGCACCUCCAUUAGAGGACAUUGCUGAUGACUGCAGUCCAGGCAUGAGAGAGCUGAUAGAAACUGCCCUAGAGAGGAACCCUAAUCACCGCCCGAGAGCAGCAGACCUCCUAAAACACGAAGCCCUGAACCCCCCCAGAGAGGAUCAGCCUCGCUGUCAGAGUCUGGACUCAGCCCUCUUGGAGCGGAAGAGACUGCUGAGCAGGAAGGAGCUGGAGCUUCCUGAGAACAUUGCUGAUUCUUCAUGCACAGGAAGCACUGAGGAGUCUGAGGUGCUCAAGAGACAGCGUUCUCUCUACAUAGACCUUGGAGCCCUGGCUGGCUAUUUCAAUCUUGUUCGGGGUCCACCAACACUGGAAUAUGGCUAAUGAGUGGCAUUGUUUGCUCCAAACUAAGACAGCACUUAACUCCUGCUGCUGGUUCUGCAGGCCACACAGUGGCUCUGGACAUUGAAUCAUACUCUUUAUUAGGGGUCAGUGAGGGCUCCCAUGACAUGAAUGUGACUCCAGGUGGCCCCUGUGUGUUUGAUCGUAAAGCUACUCUGGUGUACGCCAGGCCUCAAGGUUCUCAUUUCUCAGGUGGUGGGACUCAAAAGAGAAAGUGGAGAUUCAUAGAAGGAUCGUUUCUGGUAACUAAUACCAUUCACUGUGCACUUUGCUUGAAAUUUAAAAAUUACUAAUCACGAGGAUCUUAGCCUAACAUUACUAUUCUUGGCUCUUAUUUAAGUAUGGGAUCUUCAUUUAACUCAGAACAGUUAUUUUGUAUAUAUUGGUGUAUAUUGUGUAUAACUCUUUGAGCCAUUAUUAAGAUUAUAAAUUGAAUUCAUUGUAUUUUGGAUAAAUAGAAUAAAUUGAAUAUUGUAGCAAUAAGCUUAACUAGUGUCUUAAAAAUGGCUGAUCAAUUAGGAGCCAUGUGACAGCAGGCCACUAGUGAGAGUUUGUGUUAUGUUCCUAUGGAAACAUUGUACUGUACAUGCUAUGCUUAAAACAUUUAAAACAUGAUGUUUUGAAUGUGGAUAAAACUGUGUAAACCACAUAAUUUCUGUACAUCCCAAAGGAUGAGAGAUGCGACCUUUAAGAAAAUGGAAACUUAUAAAUUCUUGGUGAUGCUUUUAUAAUUCAUAUGACUAUUUUCUUUAAAGCAUUUGUUUAUUAAAAAUAGCAUACUGUGUAUGUUUUAUAUCAAAUGCUUUUAUGAAUCUUAUAUAUAUUUUUAACAUUUUAAAGUAUGUGAGUACUCCUACUUAAAGUAUGUUUUUACAUUAUAUAAAUGAAACCCAAAUACAUGUGUCCAAUGUAAGUGGUCAGAUCAACUGAAUAAAUUCAGUAUUUUGUCU